GUAUCAGCGAGCUUGUUUCUUUUACAUAUUCUUAGAAGAAACAAUUCAAACACCAAAGCUUCCUUCUUUGCCAAAAAUGGGUCAAGCACUCGGUUGCGUUCAAGUCCAAGAAUCAAAUGUGGCCAUUGUGGAAAAGUGCGGGAAGUUUAAGGAUGUGCUUGAGCCUGGAUAUCACUGUGUGCCAUGGUGCUUGGGGUACAACCUAGUUGGUAAAAUACCACUUGGCCUGCAACUACUCGAAGUUCGAUGUGAAACUAAGACUGAGGAUAAUGUGUUUGUCACUGUGUUUGCAUCUGUUCAAUACCGAUCCAGUGUCUUGAAAGAGAAAGAGAGAGAGGAAGAUAAAAAGAAAGCAAAGAAAGCUUUCUAUGAUCUUCCGCUCACCAGCGCCAAGGCGCAAAUCCGAGCCUGUGUUUUGGAUGUAAUCAGGGACAGAGUGACAAAAAAAGACCUGAAAACUGCGUUUAAUGAGAUGGAGGAAAUUGCAGGAGAUGUAACAAAGAAGCUCAACCAGCCGCCCAUAUCUGACAACGGGUAUGAAAUUGUUCAGACACUUAUCCUUGAUAUAGAUCCUGAUGUUAAAGUGAAGGCAGCAAUGAAUGACAAGUUUGCAGCUGAUAUAAAGAACAAGGAAACAAUUGAGAGGGCUGACGCUGAGAAAACAUUGCAGAUCAAACGAGCUGAAGGAGAAGCUGAGUCUAAGAAAAAGUCAGGGCUCGGCAUUGCUAAGCAGCGCAAGGCAAUUAUUGAUGGACUGAACGAAAGUGUGCAUGCCUUCACCGAACGUGUUAGCGGAACAACAGGCAAGGAUGUGAUGGAUAUGGAGCUUGCGACUCAAUAUUUUGACACCAUGAAGGAGAUGGGUACUUCCUCAAAGGCUUCACAUGUCUUCAUCAUGCAUGGUCCUGACGCCGUGAAGGACAUAGCAACAGAGCUUCGUGACAGCAUUAUUGAAGGAGACACUUGUAAAAAGUAGGGGAAGGAAGGCUCUGGAUUCACCGAGUUGAGAAAUGGUUGGCAGCAGUAGGAUUUUAUUUUCUGUUCUUCGGAAUAAUUCGAGACAGUUUAUGACAUUAAUUGCUCGCUUAGGAUUGAAAUAUCAUAAUAAAAUGCAGAGAAAUGG